AUGCUGAAGGACCUCCAGGAUCUGCUUGUGAAGAGCAAAAACAUUGUGGUGAUCAACCAAGACAUCGAGGAUGUGAAAAACAGAAUAGAGGAAAUUAGAAAUGAUAGGAAAUCUGUUGAAGCGAGCAUUUUAUGUCAAUUGAAGCAGUAUGAAGACAGAUUGGCAGAAAUCGACAGAACGCUGCGCAAUGCGCAAUCAAAUGUGCAAUUCUCAGUCUUUAUGAAUGAAAAGAGCGAAAUGAUAUACAGAAUCGAAAAAGAUGCCAUGGCCAGUGCAGAAAAUGAGGAUGAGGGAGAACUGCGGGUUAAAUUCAAAAUAUUCAAGCGAUACAGUGAUUUGAGUAUCCAUGAGGAUGCGAAAUACUUCUAUUUUUGGUUAAAGAACAACACUAUGAAAGACAGACACGCGGAACUCAUAAAUAUAGAAAACAUACCGGAAAGUAAAGGCGUAUUUAGAAUCAAGUCUAAGUUUAGCAGGACAUUGUACAAUUAUUUACUAAGAAAUGCCAAAAAAGAGAUGAGCGAUUUUAACGAAGAACUUGCAAAGUUUAAUGAGUAUUUUGCUGGUACACCGUUUUAUAAAACGAAUAUUGACGAAUUGAAAAAGAAGGUUUUAGUUACUGAGCUAAUUAAGAUUUCUAAAAGAAGUAAAAGAACAGAAAUGGUGAAUGUGGGCAACAUUAUCUCAGCAGAUCUCAGGGACUUUCUCGAUGUGCUCACAAUAAUGGAGAGCGUAAUCAAUAUUGGGGACGAACAGGUUUUAAAGUUUACGAAACAAGCAAUUGUUGAUUUCUUUAGUGACAGGAGAUCUGAAACCGUACAGGAAAAAAUUUUGGCGUUUUCAGACGUCAUAUAUUUUACUCAAAGGUACAAAAGAAAUUUUUAUGAUGUCAAUGAACUGAAGGAAGAGGUGUUUUUGAACAUUAUGAAGAGUGAGAUCAUCUCUUUUCAACAAACCAAUUCAGAACACCUUCUGAAUGAUUUGAAAAGGAAUAUUCUUGUCUUUAACGAAGCUGUAGACGAAAUUUUUCAGGGGCACUGGAAUAAAACCUUGAAGGAGAUUCGCAAUGAUAAAUUAUGUGGAGGUUUUAUCGAAUUCGUUUUGAGUUUCAAUACGAUAUCCGAGUUUGAUGCGCUCAAGUUCACAAAGAUUUCAAAAUUUUUGGUCAAGCAGGGCGUGAAUAAACUCGAAAAUCUUGACACCCUGUUUAUCAGCAGAAAAAAGAAUAACCUAUGUAUUGAUGAUGAAGAAGCGGAUAUGAUACUACAAAAAUUGUCUUUUAGUUAAAAAAUUCUAUGAUAGUCUCGUUUGCCACAAUAUUCAACUAUGAAUUGCAUUAUCAUCGGAAUAUUGGGAAGAUUAAUCUUGUUUUGCUCAUU